UUUUUAAAGAUUAAAAUAAUAUUUUAAAUUCAAUUCAAGGUAGGUAGUCUUUUGAUGACCGAAAUCAUGGAAUUGGGUAUUUGCCCAAGAAAACGUUUAAAUUCAGACGAAAGUUAUUACAUUUUGCAGUCUAAGGUACAUGUAAAUCAGAAAAUUUUAGAUUUGAGCGAUCCUAAGAGAAUGAAAGAAAUUUACAAUAAAACUAGGGAACUGCUUUUUAGGGGAGCGAAAGAUAUGAAUGCUAACUUGGAAAAAAGCUACGACUUUAUGAAUAUUUUUUUAAAUGGAACAGGAAACAUCAAAUAUGAAAAUGGUAUAAAAACUUUAAAAAUAUUAAAAAACUCAAAUUGUUGUAAUAAAAUAUCUUAUAUAGCGUCAGAUUGUUCAAAUUGUAAUUUGUGCCUAUGCGAACAUUGUGGAUUUUCGUGUGUAAACCUCUGCGGGGCCGUGUUAUGUACUACUUGCAUUACAUUAUUUGAAUGUGGAACAUUUGAUGAGCCCAUUUGUAAACAAUGCAAAUAUCUGAUGUAACAAUGCAAUAUUUUCAAUUAUUAGAACUUUUAAUUUAAAUUAAAAAUUUAACUAGGUAUACAAGCAUUUUAUUAAAAUAAAAAUAAUGCAAAAUAUAUUUGAAAAUAAAACUAUGAG